CCCACCUUAGAUUUUGGGACAAAAGCGGGAAAGAGUGAAUUCCUGUGAGGGAACAAAAGGGAAGGGAUGCAGCGAGGAGGGCGCCGCCGCUUACCUAAAGCCUCCAUCGCCGGCCUUCCUGAUAGGGCAGCGCCGUUCGACGUUGGCCGCCCCUUUGACAUCGGCGGCGGCCGGGAUUCCGAUGCCAGCCUGCGCAGCAGCCGGCCGUCCUCCGCCGGCGGCCGCCCCUCCUCCAUCGCCUCCGCUCUCCUCACCGACCGCUCCUCCCAGUCCGCUGCCCUCCGAUCCGUGAACGCUUACCUCUCCUCCCUCUCCGCCCCGACCUCCCUCCGCCCCCCACUGCCGUCCGGCCGCGAGAUCACCGACGCCUUCCGCUUCGUGCUCGCCCGCCUUGACUGGCCCCUCGCCGACCUCGACGACGACCUGCCCGCCCUCCUCCGGCACCUCGGCUGCCCCGUCAAGCUCAACCGCUCCGCCCUCAAGGCACCGGGCACCCCCCACGCCUGGCCCCCCCUCCUCUCCGUCCUCUACUGGCUCGUCCAGCUCGCCCGCGUCUCCGAUCACCUUGCCCCUCCCAUCGACCAGACCGCCACCAACGAUUUCCUCCUCUACGUCGCCCGCAGCUACUCCCUCUUCAUUGGCGGCGAUGAUGACGCCGUUGCCGACCUCGAUGAAGAGUAUCUCCGCAAGGCCCAGCAUCAGGCCGCCAAUGCUACCGCUGCUGUUGAAGCCCUCGAGAAGCAGGCAAAUGACCUUGAGGCCAAGCUCCGCGCCCUCACCUCGGGCCCCUCCCGUCCCCAGGCCCUUGAUUGCGAGCGUGCCAUGCUGGUGGAGGACGUCAAGAAGUUCCAGGCGGUCGUCGACACCUGGGGCGGGAAGGUGGCCGCGAUGGAGUCGGCGCUGGGAGACUGGGAGAAGGAGCUGGAAGCGAAGGAGAAGGAGAUCCGGAGGAUCUGCGAGGAGAACGAGGAGCUGCGGAAGAGGAUAGAUGCACAGACGGUGAACGUGAGGGAUGCGGAGAGGAUGAAGAGGGAGCUGCAGGCUGUCGAGAGGGAUGUAGCAGAGGCAGAGAGUGGGAGGAAUGUGCUGGAGGAGAAGGCAUGGGAGCUUGAGGCAGCAGUUGGGCGAAAACUCAACGAGCUUGAGGUGCUGUCAGAACAGUGCAAUCAGGCAAUCAGAAAGUUAAAACUUGGAAAUGAUUUUCAGUAUGUCCUGAAUGCUAGAGGAUCUUCUCCAGCUGAAGUAUUGGGCACCAAUUACAAAACUAUCCUAAAACCUGCACUCAGCGCUCUUGCUGAGGAUACAAAGAAAGCAUCCGUCUCAAAAUUGGAGGAAUCAAUAAAUCUACAAGAACAAUCACGGGAAAAUGUUAAGAUGCUCGAUGAGAAGAGGGACCGCCUUGCAGCUCUCCAGUUCAAAAUUGAUGAUGCUGCAAGUCGCUUAAGGCAGCUACAGAAUGAAAUGGAAGAUUACGCAUCUAAAUGUGCAGCUGAAGCUGAAAAAAUGAAAGAGGAGUUCAUGGCAAAGGAGGAUCAGUUGUGCAUUGUGGAAAAAGAGGCAGAAGAAUUCUUGAAGAACUCUGAGCAAAAGCUAGAGAAUGCUGUCAGAGAAAGUGAUGAGGAAGUCCAGAUGUGUGCUCACGAGCUCUUGACAUUAAUUGAUGCUGUCUCAGACUACAAAGAAUCCAUGGAAUCCACAAUAUCUGGGAUGAAAACUGAUCUAUCUGAAGUUGCAGAUGCUGUAUCCUCCCUAUCAACCAAAUCAGUGAUAAGUGGUUAUUAACUUCAGCCAUUGUGGUCUGAAGCAAGCAUGCUACACCGGACUGAAAGGUGCUCAUAGGUUAUUUGGAUACAUGUUUUCUUUUCUCAAUGCAAAAUUUCCUGGUUGUUUAAUUGGUAAUUUGUGACUAAUAGUGUAUGUUUUGUUAGCAUUUUGAUGUAUGGUCUGUUGCCGGUAGGUGGCAACUGCAUUCCAGUUCAUUCGAUGUCUCUCUCAAAUAUUGCAUUGUGCAUAAUGCUAUAUUUCGAAGUUCAAUUUGUUGCUUGAUUAUC